UGCAUGAAACCAUCCUGAACCACCAAUUCUUGAUCGUCCGGAUGAAGGACCUCCUCUGGAGUAAGGAGGACAGUCGGAGGUUCUACCAGGAGCACUCAGGGCGAUUUUUCUACCAGAGGCUGGUGGAGUUCAUGUCCAGCGGUCCCAUGAGGGUUUACAUCCUGGCCCACGAGGAAGCCAUCACACGCUGGAGACGGCUGAUGGGUCCCACCAAGGUGUAUCGUGCCCGCCACACGGCCCCAGAGUCCAUCCGCGGCAGUUUGGGCCUUACGGACACCCGGAACAGCGUCCAUGGCUCAGACUCUGCAGCCUCAGCUAGCAAGGAAAUUGCCUUCUUCUUCCCAGAUUUCAGCGAAGAGGAGUGGCACCAACGUGAGGAGCCGCAGCUCCGUAGAGAAACAGUUGGGCCUUCUGAGGUCAUCCAUUGCCACCUGAAAGACGGGGCAGGAUAAACCAGCUCGAACCUCCUCCUCCUCCUCCUCUCAGGGAUGUCACCUGGGCCUCUGCCAUGACCCAGUUGGUGGCCCUCGCGAGCUUCAUCACAGCCUGUGAACUUUGCCGCUAGGAGACACUCAACGGAGAGGGGGCUCUGCCCCUCUUCCUGUGCCAAAGACCAGGCUCAACACGCGUGUGCCAUGUGCCGUCUUCACCGAUGCUCAUCUUCCCUGGGAUGUUUCAGGCCACAAGGGCAGGGUUUCCAGGCUGGGCUGGGGAGAGAGCAGUCUUCAUGGGAUCUCUUGAAGUGCCUGGGACCAAGGAGGACGUCGAGAAGGUGGGACCCUAACCAGGAUAGACUUGACACCCAACUGGAAUGGUCUUGAGUUACUCUCUGGAAGUUGAGUCAUGGGAACUGGACUUCUAAGAAGAAUUGGAAGGUCUUAUCGGGAGAACUGGACUUCUAAGAAGAAUUUGAAGAACAUCUAAGAACUGGACUUGAACUGGGCUGGACUUCCAAGAAGAAAUUGAAGGUCUUAUCAGGGGAACUGGACUUCUAAGAAGAAUUUGAAGAACAUGUAAGUCUAAGAAGAACUGGAAGAACUUCUAAGAACUGGACUUGAACUGGAUUGGACUUCUAAGAAGAACUGCAAGUCCAGUUGCCAGGACUCAACUUCCAGAAAACUUUAUGUGGAUGACUGAGAAUUUUUAUUGACUCUUAGGUUACUGGUUUCUGAGACAGAUUUUGCCUAUGUGCCAAUGAACCUUUCUACUUGUGGAUUUACACACUGAACCCCCCUUUUUUUGGGGGGGGGAGCACAGUCCUACCCCAGGCAGCUGUAAGAUGGACAUGCUCCCCAUCUUGUGCUUAAGACCUCUGGCCUCUGGCUGGCGACAUGGAAGUGGAACGGAGCCCACUCCAAACAUGACUGGAAGCGUUCAGCUCGAAUGCUUUUUCAUCCUCGCCAAGAUUUCUUAAAUGCCUAAACCCCAUUGAGAGGUCUCCCUUUUCAGCCUUUUCAAACAGACCUGGAGAUCCUUACGUGUUCUCCAACCUCUCCCCAGAUUUUGGGCUGCAAAGAGAAUUGAAAAGACGAAAUCUCCUGGGUGCCUUCUUUUGUCACCUCUUCAAUAUUUGGGUUUUUUAAGACCUCCCUGCUUGCAAUGCUCCUUGGCAGAUGGAGGACCAGGUACUUCGGGUUGGCUGGACUGCACUUCGCACUCUUCACCGCUAUUGCCGUGGCUGUGACGGGUGUUUGGGAGUUGUAGCCAAGUCUCAUUUCAAGAGCCAUAAGCAAAGGUAGUAUUCAGCUGGGUCAGGCCGGUUCUGGCGUACCGGCAGCAGAAAUUUUGGGUAGUUCGGAGAGCCGGCAAAUACCACCUCUGGCUGGCCCCCUGUCAGGUUUCCAAGUG